AUGGAAGUCCACGUCCAACCACCGAUCCUCUCCGAAGCAGGGACAGCAGUCGACAAAAUUGUCCCUCCUUCCUCAACGACGACCUCCUCCGGCGUGACAGUAACACCCAUCCCAGCAUCCCAAAUCGACAAAACCUUCUCCUCCUCAACUGUCCUAACAACAACCGUCCUCGGCGCCACAAUCAUAUCCUGCUCCGACGAAUACUUCGCAUCCGCCUCGAACCUCCUCACACCGACCCCACCCGUCCGCAAACCAGGCUACUUCGUGCACACGGGAGCAUGGUACGACGGCUGGGAAACGCGACGCCACAACCCCAAGGAAUUCGACUGGGUGGUAAUCAAACUGGGCUGCGUGGGGCGGAUCGAAGCGGUGGAAAUAGAUACCGCAUACUUUAAUGGCAACGAAGCUCCCUUUGCGGGCUUGGACGGAUAUUAUCUCCCCGAAGAUGAACAACAAAACAGUGGGAUUGAUAAGGAAUCAUUUUCUCUCUGGGAAGAAAUCUUGCCCCCCUCCAAAUGCGGACCUAGCCAGCGUCAAGCAUGGAAAGUGUCAGGACUAGGCAUCUCCGGCAAAGAGUUCAACUAUCUCCGGCUCAAGCAGUAUCCUGACGGCGGAAUUGCUCGACUAAGAGUGUACGGUCAGGUUGCGCCGCCGCCUCUCCCACCGUCAGUUUUGUCCGGUGAGACAGAGAAACCCCUAGAAGAUCUCGCGUACGCUCUCAACGGCGGGGUGGCGAUCGAAUGCUCCGAUCAACAUUUUGGCGGAAAAUCCUAUCUUUUGUUGCCUGGUCGGGGCAAGGAUAUGGGUGAUGGAUGGGAGACGGCUCGAAGUAGAGAGAAAUGUCAUGUCGAUUGGGUUAUUGUCAGAUUGGGACUCAAGGGUCGGAAAGUUGAAAAGGUCGUUGUCGAUACGAAGGAUUUCAGGGGGAAUUUCCCAAAGGCUGUGAGAAUCGAAGGGUGGUCGGUUGAGAAAGCGAAAGCCGCGUUGGGAACGGAACCGGAUCCAAAGGUUGAUGAUGAGGGUUGGGUGCCGUUGGUAAAGGGGGAGCAGCCUUGUCAGGCUGAUACAGAACAUGUUUUUGAGGGAGGGGAUUUGAGUAACGUGGGGGAUCCUCCGGAGGGUCGGGUUUGGACGCAUGCGAAAAUGACUAUUAUCCCGGAUGGCGGUGUUAAGAGGUUGAGGAUCUUUGGGAGGAGGGCGUAG